GGAACAUAAAAAAAGAAAUCCACUCUUUACUAUUUUUCGUGUAAUCGGAAAAAUGUUUUUAACAAUGAAUGAGACCCAAAAAAAAAAAAAAUUCAACAAAAAAAAUUAAUAAUUUCAACUAUGCAAUAGAAGAGUAAUUUGCCAAACUAGACCAAACAUAAAAUUUAAAGAAAGAAACUUUACAGAGUUUGGUGAAGGAGAAAAAACGUUCAAUGAAACUUUCUCUCAUUUUCCGUGGGGUGUUUUAAGGUUGAGAGCGGAAGUCGCUGUACAGCUCUCACCACUUGUCAGCAACCCAGUUGAACAGAGCAGCGAUUCUUUCGGACCCAUGUAAGACAGAGAGAGAGAGUGAAACCGUACUAAUACUCUCUCCCUCAGGGAAGAGCCAAAAAAAAAAAAAACUAUAAUGAGGCUGUUUUCCAAUUCCCACAUUUGGGUUCUAGAUUCCCUUCUCUUUGACUAUAGAUAAUAACAAUUAAGAUUUUUUUUUUUUAAUUCUUUCAAGCUCCAAAAAAUAAAUUCAAAGAAAGAAAACAAUAUAGUUAGAAGCAAAAAAACGGGGUUUUUGUUGAAGCACAUUGAUAUUCGAAAACUGCUAUAUUGUUUUUUUCUGUUUUUUUGGGUCUCCUAUUUAUGACAUUGUAGCUGGUUUGGUUUUUUGUUCGGUUCUGCUUUUUUUCUCUUUGCUCGCUCAUGGCUCUUCUUUCCCAUUUCUGAGCCCCUGGUGACUGCUGGAGAGCAGAAAACUCUUUUUUCAUGGAACUCAUGCAAUUUUCUGAUUAUAGAUUCUGUUCUAACGUUUGGAAUAAUUUUUCGCUCAAGGAGAACAAUAAUUUUCAGGAAAGAUAACAACAAAAAUUCCAAUGCAUGAGACUGUUAUAAAACACAAAAGACGAGGUAGCCUCUUCCAUUGUGCUUCUGCCCAAGAUUUGAGAUGUUUAGACAUGGAAAAGGAGAAACAAGAUGUGUCAUCUCCUAGAGGAGUUUUGGAAGCAUAUGCAACAGCAUUUGAGUCUGAUACAGUUACACCUGAAAAUAGUACAUCGGAAUUAGAAAGCCGUCCAAAUUCAAGGGCAGUUUCUCACUGGAGAAAAUUUUUCAAGUUAUGGAAUAAGAGGUCAAUUAAGCGCCUAGCAUCCUUUCCGCCUCUUGGAGUGCCAAAGAUCUCAAUAAGAAAGUGCAAAAAUGAAAGAGAGUCUCCGUUGCUAACUAACGUAUACAACUUCAAGUCCUCAUUGGUCAACUUUACAUUCUCUGAACUCCAAGCUGCAACCAACAAUUUUAGUGAAGAAAAUGUAAUUGGAAAGGGUGGUUAUGCCAAAGUUUACAGGGGUUGUUUGAGAAAUGGGCAGUUGAUAGCUGUUAAACGCCUGAUAAAAGGAACAGCAGAUGAAAAAACAGCAGCCUUUUUAUCUGAACUUGGCAUCAUUGCUCAUGUAGAUCAUCCUAAUACUGCCAAGUUGUUUGGUUGUUGCAUUGAAGGAGGAAUGCACCUUGUUUUCCAAUUAUCUUCAUUUGGGAGUUUAGGAUCCCUCCUACAUGGGUCAAAGGAUAAUAAACUAGAUUGGAGUAAAAGGUAUAAAAUUGCUUUAGGUACAGCAGAUGGUCUGCUAUAUCUUCAUGAGAGUUGUCAGAGGCGUAUCAUUCACAGAGAUAUCAAGGCUGAUAAUAUUCUACUUACACAGGAUUAUGAGGCUCAGAUUUGUGAUUUUGGACUUGCAAAGUGGCUACCUGAACAAUUGACUCACCACAAUGUUUCUAAGUUCGAGGGCACAUUUGGGUAUUUUGCUCCUGAGUAUUUUAUGCAUGGAAUAGUAGAUGAGAAAACUGAUGUUUACUCUUUUGGGGUUCUACUAUUGGAGCUCAUUACCGGGCGUCGAGCCUUAGAUGAUCUUCAGCAGAGCCUAGUGAUUUGGUCAAAGCCUUUGCUGGAUGGCAAUAACAUUAAGGAGCUUGUUGAUCCCGCUCUGGGUGACAAGUAUGACUCAGAAGAGAUUGACCGUGUAGUACUGACUGCAUCUUUGUGCAUUGAACAGUCUCCAAUCUUACGUCCUCGAAUGAGCCAGGUUGUGAUACUGCUAAGAGGUGAUGAAUAUGUUGCAGAAUGUGCAAAAGAAUGUCGAAAAAGUUCCCUCCAAAGAACCUAUUCGGAAGAGCUGUUGGAUGCUGAUGAAUACAACUCAACAAAAUAUCUGAACGACCUCAACCGACACAAGCAGGUCGCAUUCAGUUCUUGAAGUCAAACUAAUGGGUAUAUUUAAAAGAAUGGAAGUUAGAACAACAGUUGUCAAAGACUUGUGUCAAAGUGGUGUUUGGAAGUUCCAUGGAAAUUUUAGUUCUUGUUCUUAGUUUUCCAUGGCAUUUGAAAAGCAUGUAAUCUAUGAAAUCCUUUUCAAGUACCAUGCAAAACGGUAAAAAUUGGAUGAUUUUGUCUCCAGAGGACAGCCAAAGACCACCUUAACCAGUUCUUCCAUUCCUUCAGUAUAUGUAAAGUUUUUAGUUUACAUUUACAUGGAAGAUGAAUCUUAAGCUUAUAGAGAGGAUAUAUAUAUAUAUAUAUAUAUAAAGAAUUCUCUACAGUUUACAGUAGUUUAACAGUUGCAAUGACGUGGUUUUAUAUGGAAGCCAACAAGGCCAUGUUGGGUUUGUUUA